AGGCAGUCCAUGUGCACGAGCGCGCACGAUCAAUCCCUCCUGGACUGCGGACCGAUCAGCGCGCGCCCGGAGCGCUUAUUGCCGCGCCGCCGCGUGCACUUCUCGAUCACUCAAUCGGAUGCUUUCUAGGUAACUGUCCGCGCUCACGUGCAUGCAUUAAACAUGGCGUUUAUUCUUGUUUAUGCGCUGCGCAUCGUUCUGCUUUUUGACGCUGUGGAAGUGAAGCACGCGGACUCGGGUGCACGAGAGGCGGAUGCACCGAGGGACGCGAUGGCUGUGCAUAUGCUCAAACUCUACGAGAAGUUUAACAAGGAGCAGCACACACACCGGGGAGAAAACACUGUCAGGAGCUUCCAGGCACUCCCGGUGACCUCCAACAACAAGCUCCUCUUUCACUUUAAUAUGACCGCCAUGCCUGAAUCAGAGGUGAUCCUCUCCGCGAGUCUGCACUUUUUCAAUCGGCUCCGGCCCCUGAGCUGCCGACGUUCCAGAGGGCCCUCAUGUCACAAUCAACACCUGCAGCCUUCAACCCCAGUAAAGCUGGUUCUUCGAGGGAUGUCACAAGACACAACUUUCCAAGCGCUUUUGGGUAACAUCACAUUGUCCCCUCACAAGAAAGGGCACUGGCAGAUGUCUGAUGUGUCCUCAAUUCUCCAGCGGGCUCGUGCUCAAAAUGAGCUCUUAAUUUCUUUGGAGUUUGACUUCGGAGAUAGACCCCAAUGGCUUCAGGAUCGCUUCACACCCCACAAUUUGCCUUAUAUUCUCAUUUUUGCCAACGACUUAGCCAUAAAUGAACCAAACAGCAUCUCUAUGAGCUUGCAGAGGUAUAGCCCUGUGGGAGAAGAAAGAGGAAACAGACCACCCUUUGUCAUGCCAAGCACCAGGAUCAGAAGAGAAGCAGAGCAUCUACAGAAUUACCUUUCUGACAUCCAGUAUGAUGAUCAAAAAAACAAGGAACUGUGGUAUAACACUUACUUUGCAUUAAAGCCCAAAACCUUGUCUAAGGGUCAAAGUGGGAGGCAAAGUCCAGAAGUCAUUAAUGGGGGAAGUAAGACUCAGGAGCUGAGCUUUGAUAAAAGGACCAUGAAAAAGGCUCGGCGUAAGCAGUGGAGUGAGCCCCGGGUGUGUGCGAGACGUUACCUGAGGGUGGAUUUUGCAGAUAUUGGCUGGAGUGAGUGGAUUCUCGCCCCGAAAGCAUUCGAUGCCUACUACUGUGCGGGAACGUGUGAAUUUCCCAUGCCUAAGGUGGUUCAUCCGUCUAAUCACGCCACCAUCCAGAGCAUCGUGAGGGCAGUGGGGAUUGUUCCUGGAGUUCCUGAGCCUUGCUGCAUUCCUGAGAAGAUGAGUGAACUGGCUGUACUGUUUCUCGACACCAGUAGGAACAUGGUGCUGAAGCUCUACCCUAACAUGUCUGUCGAGACCUGCGCUUGUCGAUAAAGAUGAUCACCAUGUGUGUGUGUGUGUGUGUGUUUAAUUUUAAAGAAAGAGACUAUGGACAAGCCUUCACAAGAACAAGGCCUUGGGAAGGCAAGAUGUUGUGUAUUAGAUGAUCGGAUGUAACCCUUUCAGACACGUUUCAGUGGAAGAUUUUUACGUACAUCUCAGAAACUCAAAACUACUAUAACAAUCCUGUGUGAGUUUACAGAAUGUUUUUUGUUUGUUUGUUCCCUAUACAGUUAGUGUAAUAUCAUGUAAAUUAUACCGAGAAGUAACAGUAGAAAUCUUCAGAAAAAAAAAAAAAAAAUUCUUUUAUAAUUAGGUUUAUACAUAACUUGUAAACAGUAACCCCUUACUCUAUGACUUUUAUAGUGAAAAUGAUAUGGAACAGUACUAAAUCAUGACAUAAUUAAUAACAGAUUUUGUUUAAAUACAAAAUAUAGCCGGGUAAAUUUAUUAUACAUAAAUAAUUAAAUGAUUACAUUAAUCUCUAUGAGAUCCUCUUUCUAACAAUAAAAAGAAAUGCCUUUAAGCAAAAGCGAUCCUGUCCACUAAAGUGGUGAAGCACUCCUGCCACCUAGUGUUGUUUCACUCAUAUGGCAGACAAAUUCCUUAAACACAAUUUUUUUGUCCGGAGCUAUUAAUCAGUUUUGCUUUGAUUUACAAGUAUAUAAAUAUGAUUUUUCUUAGAGUUUCAGGAUCAGUGGAGAGGUGCUUUUUACAUAAAUAAAUAUUUGAAGUAAAUUAGUAUUUAAUUGCUCACUGAACUAAUAAAUUAAUGUAUUACUUAACUAAUUUG